AUGCAAAAUGUGAACGUUGAUUUGGCGGUUCGAAUCUUUCGCCAUAUCGGCGAGGUUUCGAUGGUUUGGGCACUCGAUGAGGUCAAUGAUAUGGAGGAGAAAACGCUAGUGGCUGGGCAUUUAGCCCUUUUGAUUGAGGACUUCGAUGCGGCAGAGAAAAACUUUUUGAACAGUUCGCAACCGUUGGAAGCACUGGAUAUGAGAAGAGAUCUCCUGCAUUGGCCAAAAGCGUUACAAUUAGCGCAGAAAUUCGCGAAAGAUCAAAUCCCAUUCAUUUCAAAGGAAUACGCUCAACAAUUGGAAUUUAUGGGCGAUUACUCAACAGCAAUGCAGCAUUAUACAGACGGGAUUCUGGAUGAAGAGGAAACGGAAGAGAUCUUGGAGCACAACGAUGUGUGUCGAUCGGGUGUUGCGAGAAUGGCCAUUCGAAUCGGCGACAUUAGACGCGGCAUUCAACUCGCCUCAAAAAUCGAGGGACGAGCGGUGAAAAAGGAGUGCGCAAUGAUUUUGGAGCAACUGAAGCAAUUCAACGAUGCUGUUCAAGUGUACGAGAUUGGUCAAUUCUACGAUCGAGCCGCUGCAGCUGCACUUAAAGCAAAGAAUUGGUCAAAAGUCAACGAGUUGUUGCCAAAAGUUCGCUCUCCGAAAAUCCAUGCACAAUAUGGGAGAGUGAUGGAAGGGGAAAAGAAAUAUAAAGAAGCGGCAAUGGCUUACAAAAAUGCAAAAGACUACGAUAAUUUGGUGAGAGUGUUGCUCGAUCAUUUAAAUCUGGCUGACGAGGCGGUGCGAGUCGUAAGGGAAAGUCGAUCGGUUGAAGGAGCAAAACAUGUCGCGAAAUUCUUCACGAAACUCGGCGAUCACACAUCAGCUAUUCAAUUUCUCGUUUUGUCACAAUGUCAACAAGAAGCUUACCAAUUGGCUGAGCAAACAGGGAAGAUGGAGGAUUACGCGGAAGCGCUGGGAGAUACAGCCACGAUUGAACAAUAUGCUCAAGUUGCUGAACAUUUCGCUACCCAGGGUAGCACGCUUCUCGCCGGCAUCUAUCACUUCAAAGCUGGGCACUAUUCAGUGUCUAUGGACUAUUUAUUGUCUCUUGGUGAGAAUCAUGAAGCAUUGCGAACAGCAAUCGAAUGUGUCGCCGAAGCUGGAGAUCAAGGACUCGUUCAUCGACUCACGCAAUUCCUUCUUGGCGAAACCGAUCAAAUACCAAAAGAUGCAAAAUAUCUCUUCCGAAUGUAUGUAGCUUUGAAUAUGACGAGAGAGGCUGCGCGAACAGCCGUUGUAAUCGCUAGAGAUGAGCAAAGUCGUGGAAAUUAUAAAGUGGCUCGAGAUUUGCUUUACGCAAUGUAUCAAGACCUGCAAGAGAAAAACAUUGCCGUUCCAUUGGAAAUGCAGCAGAGUCUAAUGCUCAUUCAUUCAUAUCUCAUCGUGAAGAAUCUAAUUCGACGCGAUGAAACUCUUAAAGCAGCGAGAAUGUUGAUUCGAGUCGCACAAAAUAUUAGCCGAUUCUCAACACAUUCGGUAUCGAUUCUCACAUCUGCUGUCGUGAUUUGCACAAAAGCUGGGCUAAAAGGAGCCGCUCACCGAUACGCCGUUCAGUUGAUGCAACCGGAGAAUCGGAAUCGAAUCGAUGCCAAGUAUCGGAAGAAAAUCGAGCAAUUAGUCAGAAAAGCGGACAAACCAUCGGAUGGUGAGGAGCCGAAAGCGUCUUGUCCUUAUUGCAAACAUCCUGUCAUUGAGACCGAGCUCAUGUGUGCAAUGUGCAAAAACACGAUUCCCUAUUGUGUGAUUACGGGUCGUCAUGUUGUAGCUGAAGACUUUGCGGUUUGUGAUGGCUGCAAAUUUCCCGGGUACUUCACCGAGUUCAAGAGACUAGCAGCCAUUGGCGAAACAUGUCCAAUGUGUGGUGGGAAUUGUGGCCAAGUGAUGCCCUCGGAUUGGGAGACUUUCAUCGCUAGUACUCGCACGAAAAAGGAUGAACUU